CGCAUCGCCAGGUCCUUUGCGUUACCUCAGAGACAGGCUGUCAAGCGGUCACACCGAUGUAAAAAAUACCCAUGGCAAUUAAGUGAUUGCAAGAUUCUACAUUAACUCACAUGACAGCAAAGUUACGGGUUAGUGUUGGAUGUUGAAAAAGCAAGCUUCCUCAUUAUUUUGGUGAGCUUGCACACUUGCGUGUCGUUACAAAACAAAAGGCCUGAUCUGCUGACCGACUUUAGCUAGCUAGCUUGCUAGGCCAAACACUGCAGCAUAGCUGCUUGCUAGCUAGUUGGCUGGUAACUAGCUAAGUAUUGUUGUUGGGUGCUUUCAAAUUGCUUCGAUUAUGGCGGAACAGAACGCGACGGCAAUGCAACAAAAUUUGGACAGGAGCUGCUGGGUGUGCUUCGCCACGGACGAGGACGAUCGCACGGCCGAAUGGGUGCGUCCGUGCCGUUGCCGUGGCUCCACUAAGUGGGUGCAUCAGGCGUGUCUGCAGCGCUGGGUGGACGAGAAGCAAAGGGGCAACAGUACGGCGCGCGUAGCCUGCCCCCAGUGCAACGCUGAGUACCUCAUCGUCUUCCCCAAGCUGGGUCCCGUGGUGUAUGUUCUGGACCUGGCUGACAGGCUCAUCUCCAAGGCCUGCCCCUUCGCCGCCGCCGGCAUCAUGGUGGGCUCCAUCUACUGGACAGCUGUCACGUACGGGGCGGUCACUGUCAUGCAGGUGGUGGGCCACAAGGAAGGUCUGGAUGUGAUGGAGCGGGCGGACCCCCUGUUUCUGCUCAUCGGCCUGCCCACCAUCCCCGUCAUGCUGAUCCUAGGCAAGAUGAUCCGCUGGGAGGACUACGUGCUGCGCCUCUGGAGGAAGUACUCCAACAAGCUGCAGAUCCUGGACAGGAUCUUCCCAGGGAUUGGCUGUCCGGUGCCCCGAAUCCCCGCGGAGGCCAGCCCCCUGGCGGACCACGUGUCGGCCACUAGGAUCCUGUGUGGCGCCCUGGUCUUCCCCACCAUCGCCACCAUCGUUGGCAAGCUGAUGUUCAGCAGCGUCAACUCGAACCUGCAGAGGACCAUCCUGGGAGGUAUUGCCUUUGUGGCCAUUAAGGGGGCGUUUAAGGUGUACUUCAAGCAGCAGCAGUACCUGAGGCAAGCCCAUCGUAAGAUCCUCAACUUCCCCGACCAGGAGGAGGCUUGAGGAGGAGGGGCUCUGGCUGGCAGGGGGAGCACAUGACAGUGAACUAUUGAGUAGGAAGACUGGACCAUGGGCUAGGUGGUACCCUCUACCCCCCACAGCCUCCACACAGCCUCCCCUCAAUUCUGCUCUGUGGACUCUUCAAUCCACGCUGCCGCCAACAAUCUCAUUACUGUGCUGUUGUUUUUUUUUUUUUUUUUUUUUUUUUU